AUGCCUAAAUGCAUAGCGCCGUUGCAGCUGCGUGGCUUGCCAGAUGCUCGGGAUACGAGAUGGCCAUCGUCUGCAGCCAGAUGCACCAGCUGGACGACCAACCCUGAUCCCGCAGCGACUGAUACUAUUCCUUUACUCUGGGUCAAGAUACUGCCGCCAACCACACUGCCCGGCCAGUGGACCAACGUUGGCCACCACCACUCCCACCUUUGGAUCCUCGCUCUGUCCUCACCCUCCCGGCCGCCCCGUCCUGUUGAACCCUCCAACUCUGUCCUGUUGAACCCUUCAGCAGCGUCGCAUCUAAUCAUCUCGGCGACGCCUGCCGCUAGUGUCCACCUCACGUCGCUGAGUUCACCUUGCCCGAAUACCUGA